UUAGGUCUAAUCUAAGGGUUACCACCGAGGCGAGCUUCUUUAUCGACAAUUUUUUUACACGGCUCUCAACAUGGCCACGUAUCACGAUGGCCGACCUAAACAAAGAGUUGAACGAAUAUCUUCUCAGCAGUAAAAAUGAAAAGCAAUUCAAAAUUGGUAUACCCUCGGUAUCGAUACCGAAAUCGUCUUUGGGAAAAUGGCUAGGAAGAGGGGAAGAGGAGCCGCAAGAGGAGGCUGGAUGGUUCAAAGAGACUAAGAAGGACUGCUGUCCCAGCAUGUCAAGACUGCAACGACUGACUGCCUUUGCUGUAUGCUUCUUCAUGGGAGUCCUAUGCUUCUGUUUGUCGGCAAUCUACAUUCCUGUCUUGCUGCUGAAAGCAAGAAAAUUUGCACUUCUCUACUCUCUGGGGAGCCUAUUCUUUUUGAUGAGCUUCUGCUUCUUAUGGGGUCCAAUGAAUUAUCUGCGAUCGCUAUUCACCGCAGAAAGAAGGUGCUUCACUAUUUCAUACUUUACAACGUUGAUCGGUACCCUUUAUUGUGCGUUACAUUUACAGUCGACACCGUUCACAGUUCUGUGCGCGGUAAUGCAGCUGAUAGCCAUGCUGUCUUUUUUGGUUAGCCAUAUUCCAGGCGGUACAACAGGACUCAUGUUUUUCACAAGGAUGUUCAAAUCUUCUGUUAGCUCAACUCUGCCUGUAUGAGUGUCAACGAAUUUUAUCAUUCGAAAAGGAUAAGUUUGCUGUCAAAGCGGAGUCUGUAAUGAGUUGGCAAACACAUUACAACCUAAAAUGAUUCUGUGCGCUCAAUUCAGACUUUCAAUUCAGCUGUGUGUCCUUUUUUCGAUGUCCGUUUAUUUAUGUGUUCACACAAGUAUAGGAUCAUACUGUUAUUAAAUUAUGUCGAGUAUUUAUGUUUGGAUUUGAUAGUUCAAUAAGAAUUUUAGAUUAAGUUGGAUGACAUGGUAGACAAGGAGCCACUAUAUUCACCAAAGAGGAGAUAACUUCUUAUGAGAGAUUGUGUGAAUCCUCAUUCCUUGCAACUAAGAAUAAGUUAGCAAAAGUAUCAAAAAUUAAUAUCUGCAAAUUUUCCGCAGUUACAAUUGGAAAAUCAACUGUGAAAUAUUUGCUGCACAAAUUAUUAUCUCAUCACGAGAUUGUAAUGACUCAUAGGUUUCAUUCGGAAAAGAUAAACGAGUUAUGGAAUAAAAGUAACGACACAAUUUUUUAUUCUCACAAUACGUAAUAUAUAAGUUUAUUUCAAAAGUU